AUGAUGCCGACGGCGGAGCAGAUCAACCAGGCCUUUAUCAUUUAUGCCAACGAGGAUGCCUGCAUUUCAGCCGACAACCUCGGCACCUGCCUGCGAGCCCUGGGGUUCAACCCGACCGAAGUGGAAGUUCAGGAAUGCGUGAUUGUGGCGGAUAGCAACGGCACGGGCAACGUCUCCCUUGACAAGUUUCGCAAAGCCGUGGACCUCAUGGCCCAAAAACCCCAGCCAACCAAGAGUCAGCUUCAGGAGGCUUUUAAUGCUUUUGACAAAAAGGGCAAAGGAUCCAUUGCCAUCAACGAAAUCCGCAAUCUGCUGACCAAGAUGGGUGAGGGCUUGACCGAGCAAGAGUUCAACGAUAUGAUUCGAGUGGCUGAUGCAGAUGGUAGUGGGUCCAUUGAUGUCGAGGAGCUCUUUGAGAUGAUGACGGGACCAGUCCCACCCGUCUAA